AUAAAAUCCCACAAAAAAUAAAAAAAAACAUUGUGCAUUCUUGUAUAAUUAAAAAACGAUCAACAACAAAAACAAGCAACUAAAAAGCAUUCCAAUGUUGUCCUGUUUGGCGCCGUCGUCUUCACGUUUUGGCCAAGAGGAUAACAUUAUACAGCAAAGCAUGCCAUCAUCCACAGCCUUCACCAUGCAGUUUCCCUCUCUGGCCUCCAGUUUGCAUCAUCAUCAGACACACAAUAAAUCCAAUAAUGCCGUCAGCAAUACAGAGCAUGUCCAGCAUGGAGCAGGAGCUGUUGAUGACUAUUUGGUCAACUGUACCCAGUGCCAUAAGCGUUUCAGCGAGUUUCAGUUACUCAGUGAACACAUUGCCAGUGAGCAUCCCCAUGACAAGCUUAAUUUUGAGCCAAAUCGUGGCACUGGCGCCGCUCAACCCGAAAGCGAUGCUGAAGAUGAGCAAAGUAGCAAUUUAAGUAGCAGCAGUCGUCGCUAUGCCAAAUCCCCGAAUGCCACCACAAACAACAAUAACAACAACAACAAUAGCGAGUUGAUUAAGAAUCACAAUAAUAACAACAACAAUAGUGAGAAACAAUCGCCCAUGUGCUCACCAGGAUCGGCUUCAGGUCCACCAAGUGAUCUAUUUGCCCAUCUAACACAUGCUUCGCCACAAUUGCCACCAAAUCUGCAUGCACGUUUCAUGGCAGCGGCUGCAUUGGCCAUGCAAUCGGCCCAAUCGGCCAGCACUUCAAGCUCACCAAAUCUACAUCAUCAUCAGCAACAUCUACACCAGCAACACCAACAGCAACAGCAGCAGCAACAUCAACAAUUGCUGCCACCUCAAUUGCCUGGCAGUAACAGCAGUGUGGGCAGCAAUUCGGCCUAUGAUUUGGAUCUAAGUGCACCAAGAUCAACAUCUAGUCCGGGCUCAACCACAGGCGAUUUGAAUGCCGCUUAUCCUUGCAUGCAAUGCACUGCUGCAUUUCCCACACGCGAACAAUUGGAGCAACAUGAAUUAAUGCAUUCGCCAAGUGGUCAGCCAGUUACACAAAAUGUGACUCAGACAUGCAAAAUCUGCCACAAGGCCUUCGCAAAUGUUUACCGCCUGCAACGUCACAUGAUCAGUCAUGAUGAAUCCGCUCUAUUGCGUAAAUUCAAGUGUGGUCAAUGCGAGAAGGCAUUCAAAUUUAAGCACCAUUUGAAGGAACAUGUACGCAUCCAUUCCGGCGAGAAGCCCUUCGGCUGUGAUAAUUGCGGUAAACGUUUCUCGCACUCGGGCAGUUUCUCCUCGCACAUGACAUCGAAGAAAUGCAUCAGCAUGGGCCUGAAACUGAAUAACAAUCGUGCCAUGCUCAAGUCCCUCGAAAAGAGUCCGGGAUCGGGACGCGGUGGCGGUGGCUCCGGUGAUCAGCAGUCGGGCAAACGUUCCAAGUUAACAGAACAGGCAGCCAUGCCCACAUUACCGCCUGCCUUACCAAAUCCCAUGAUCUAUUUCGCUGGCGAUGCACCGAAUCAGGUUGCAGGUGCCAAUGGAGGCCCAGCGGCUCCCUUCUAUCCCAAUUAUGGGGCAAUGAAUGCAGCUCUUUUGGCCUUUCCAUUCCUCGAUCCUCGUGUCCAUCCCUAUAGCAUACAGAGACUGUUGGAAUUAUCUGCAGCUGGUCAGCAGCAACAGCAACAACACCAACAGCAGCAACAUCAGUUGGAGGAAAGAGAAGAACAAGGCGAGGAUCAUGAGGAUCACGAACACUUGGAAAUCUAUGAAGCUGCCAAAGACGACGAAGAGACCCCGGAUGAACCAAAAUUAGUUAUGGAUUUGGAGGAGAAUUCCACUGUCAAAGAACAAGAGGAACCAUCGGCGGAUCCCGCCAUCGAGAAAGUGGAGGAAGAAGAGGAAACCCUUGAAGUGAAGCAAGAGGCGAGUCGUGGACCAACUCCAAUGUCAGAAAGUAAUCCAACGUCCCCCACCAAAGCCAUAAAGCAAGAGCAGGAAGAACUUCGUUCAGUGGGAGACGAGGAAGAGCCCACUCUGGAAGUGGUUGGUAGUAAUGAACCUACCACUCUUCCCAUUGAAGAGUCAACUGCUGAGCUGCGUUGCAGUCGGUGUAACAAGCAGUUCAAUCAUCCCACAGAGCUAGUUCAGCAUGAGAAGGUUCUCUGUGGCCUGAUCAAGGAGGAAUUGGAGCAACAAUAUCAGCAGCAGCAGCAACAACAACAGGCAGCAGCCAAUGCCUUUGCCAUGCCCUCGGCCAGUGAAGAUGAGGAUGACCGUGAUGCCGAUGAAGAUGACGAACGUCAAGAUCAGGAUGCUGGCGCUCGCCAGGAUUUCAACGGUAGUGAAAAUGGUGAAGCCGGCCGCAAAGUUCGCGUCCGCACUGCCAUCAAUGAGGAGCAACAGCAACAGCUUAAGCAACACUAUGCCCACAAUGCCCGACCAAGUCGUGAUGAGUUCCGUCUCAUUGCCGCUCGUCUGCAAUUGGAUCCUCGUGUGGUUCAAGUUUGGUUCCAGAAUAAUCGCUCCAGAGAGCGUAAAAUGCAGAGCUACACCUCGAACAGCAACACGGCAAAUGCCGAGAAUGCAAGUGUUUCAACUGGUCGUCCCGCUGGCGAGGAUCAGCCAUUGGAUUUGUCGGUAAAACGUGAUUCCCUGUCACCUAAAGGCCAACACUCUCCGCUCUACGGACUGGCGCCACAACAGGCUGCAGGCCAGUCGGUUGCCCUCGAUUUCCAGGAAGCCAUCAAUCUAAGCCGCAAGUUUGCCAGCUCGGCAUCCAUGUCGCCGGCCUCGUUGUCCCCCUCAUCGGGAGCAUCGUUACAGCAGCAGCAACAACAUCACCAAUCCUCGGCCCAGGCAGCUGCUGCUGCUGCGGCACUCUACUUUGGUGGUCCACCACCAUCGCCGCCCACCAUGCUCGAGGCCACGCCCACAACGCCUUUGCAACUGCCGCCCCAGAAUUGCUCAAGAGGCCGUCAAGGUGGACAAGCUUUUCCCGGACUACCGCCAUACAUGAUGCCCAUGCAGCGAUUGCCCAUGGAGGCGCUCUUCCAAAUGCGUCCUGGCGAAUAUGCCUCGAAUCCCCUAAUGAACAGUAUUAAGAUGCCAGAUUAUCGUGGCACUAGCCUCAGUCCGGGCGGUUCCGAGAAGCGUUCUUGGCGCGAUGACGAUUCGCGCAUCUCCCAUGAAGACGACUAUGGUGGACUGUUGCCACCGAAGCCAAAGCGAGUCAAGGCCGAGACGCAUGGACAUGCUGGCGAUGCUGAUUUGCCUUUUCUAUGCGAUCAAUGCGACAAGGCCUUUGCCAAGCAGAGUUCUCUGGCCCGGCACAAGUACGAGCAUUCCGGUCAACGACCCUACCAGUGUAUGGACUGUCCCAAGGCCUUCAAGCACAAGCAUCAUUUGACGGAGCACAAGCGCCUGCAUAGUGGAGAGAAGCCAUUUCAGUGCUCCAAGUGCCUGAAACGAUUCUCCCAUUCGGGCAGCUAUAGCCAGCACAUGAACCACCGUUACUCCUAUUGCAAGCCUUACAGGGAAUAG